AUGGACCUGAAAAAUCAUACCAAGGUGACAGAAUUUAUUUUUUGUGGGCUUACCCAGUCUCAAGACCUGAGCUUACUCUUAUUUUUCUUUUUGUCCAUCGUUUACAUAGCAACUGUGCUAGCAAAUGUUGUCAUUAUGGUCACUGUGACCUGUGAGGCCCGCCUCCACACUCCCAUGUACUUCCUGCUCCGCAACCUCUCUGUCUUGGACAUAUGCUUCUCCUCCAUCACUGCUCCAAAGGUCCUGGUAGACCUUCUUUCACGAAGAAAGACCAUUUCCUUCAAUGGCUGCAUCACUCAGAUGUUUUUCUUCCACCUGCUUGGAGGGGCAGACAUUUUUUCUCUCUCAGUGAUGGCAUUUGACCGUUACAUGGCCAUCUCCAGGCCCCUGCACUACGUGACCAUCAUGAGCAGUGGACGAUGCACAGCCCUCAUUGUGGCCUCCUGGGUGGGGGGCUUUGUCCAUUCCAUUGUACAAAUCUGUCUGCUGCUUCCACUUCCUUUCUGUGGACCCAAUGUUGUUGAUAGUUUCUACUGUGAUGUCCCCCAGGUCCUCAAACUCGCCUGCACGGAUACCUUUUCUCUUGAAAUUCUGAUGAUUUCCAACAAUGGUCUUGUCACUACCCUGUGGUUUGUUCUCCUCCUUGUGUCCUAUACAGUCAUCUUGACAAUGCUGAGAUCACACACAGGGGAGGGCAGGAGGAAAGCCAUUUCCACGUGCACCUCUCACAUCACUGUGGUCACCCUGCAUUUUGUUCCCUGCAUCUAUGUCUAUGCCCGGCCCUUCACUGCCCUCCCCAUGGACAGAGCUGUCUCCAUCACCUUCACUGUCAUCAUCCCCGUCUUGAACCCAGUGAUCUACACCCUGAGGAAUCAGGAGAUGAAGUCAGCCAUGAGGAGACUGAAGAAAAGACUUGCAUUUUCUGAAGUAGAAUUGCCCCAUUAUUGA